AUGGUCCGCUACGCCCCCGCCCACCGCAUUGCGAGUGCCAAAUCUGCUCGCAGCCGUGGAAGUUAUCUGCGUGUCAGUUUCAAGAACACUCGCGAGACCGCUGCCGCCAUCGCUGGAUGGAAAGUCGACCGCGCCGUCAAGUACCUCGAGAAUGUCACCGAAUUGAAGGAGGCUAUCCCAAUGCGAAGAUAUGCUGGAAGCACUGGUCGAAGCGCUCAAGUCCAUGAAUCUUUGCGCGCAUCACCUCUGAAGACGCAUCAUUGGCAAAAUAACAUUGGGGCUGACUUUUUGCUCUCUACAGGCAAGCCCUUUGGCACCGACAAGGCCCGUCACCCAGUCAAGUCUGCCGAGUUCCUGCUCGGUCUCCUCAAGAACGCCGAAGCCAACGCCGACACCAAGGGUCUCGACACCUCCAACCUGAUUGUCAAGCACAUCCAAGUCAACCAGGCUCCCAAGCAGCGCCGCCGAACAUACCGUGCUCACGGUCGUAUCAACCCAUACAUGUCCAACCCAUGCCACAUCGAAUUGAUCCUGACGGAAGGUGAUGAAGCGGUUACCAAGGCCGAGGAGUUGGGUGUCUCCAAGGGACAGAGACUGAACGCCAGACAACGAGGUGCCCAGAGACGGAAAGCUAUCGCCGAGUCAUAA